UCGUCUCCGCUUGCCGUCCGGAGUGAACGUGGCCACCAGUCGGUGCUAAUCGUGUUUUGAGUCAACGCGUUUUGCGUGGAUAACUUGGUGUUGUGUUUGUGUUCAUUUAUUAGUCAGCUGUUAGAAAAUAAUAUACUGUCCAUGAGCCAUGUGAUCAUCACUAUCGGAUCAUCAGUGAUUUAAGAUAAUCUGAUAGAUAAAAUAUUAAGAUAAAUUUCGUGCCUCGAAUUUAGUUGUGUGGCUGACGGAAACCGUCAGUUUUCAAUUUGAUCACUGGCAAUCUAAGCCGGAACUGGAAUAUAUAGUGCUUAUUCAAGCCUUUGUGAACUUGUGAAAAGUGAGGACUAGUAGAACUAUUAAAAUGGCAACUACGGGCAGUGAAAUGUGGCUUCAAUGGUUUGCGUGCUGCUAUCAGCCGGCUGCGCAGGCGCAACGUACGAGGCGGAGGAUAGAUAGAUCUAUGAUUAGUGCACCAACCAAUUUCCAACAUACCGGACACAUAGGCUCAACAGAUGUAGACAUGCCGUCAUCAUUGCUUCACUCAAUCCAAAACCAGAUGCAGAGUAAAGGCGGAUACGAAAUGGCUUAUGGUGUUAAGGUUUACUGAUCCCAAAACGGUGGUGACGUCACAGAAGACAAAGCGAAGUGAAACGU